AUGGACAUGAUGAGUACACUGUCCGAUGAUCUCCUGUUGAAGAUCCUGUCAUCACUUCCUACCAAAGAUGUCGUUUCCACUAUGCUCCUGUCCAAACGGUGGAAGUUUCUUUGGACGAUGGUUCCAACUCUUGACUUUCAAAACGAUUUCGAAAGCUCUAAGGAUGAUUACGCCAAGUUUCGACAACACGUCUACUUGUUCAUGGUUCUGCACAAGUCUCCUGUUCUGGAAACUUUAAAGCUCAGACUUGGUUGGCAUUCCACCACCGAUGAUAUCACGACAUGGAUCAAAAUCGCAGUGGCUCGCCGUGUACGUAAACUCAAGAUUCACUGUUAUUCCGAUGAUGAUGAUAUAUUUUUGCCGAGUUGUCUUUAUACGUAUAACAACCUCGAGGUCUUGAAACUUGGCAACUCCAUUGUUCUCGAUGUUCCUGAAGAUGUUCGUCUCCCCUCCUUGAAAACUCUGCACUUGCUGUGUGUAGAGUUUCGAAACGAAGAAUCUGCACGUAGGCUUUUAUCUGGCUGUCCUCUACUUGAAGAGUUUGUUUUGGACAAAAGUGAGAACGUCUCUCCGCCUUGUUUCUAUCUGGAAGUGCCUUCCUUGCAGAGAUUGUCUAUUCUUGAUACGUACCGAGAGGGAAACGAUUCCGACGUCAAAGUUGUGAUCAAGACUCCCUCUCUGAGGUACUUGAACGUUGUGGAUAAAUGCGAUUCUGGUCUCUUGUUUCUGAGCGAGAACAUGCCGGAUAUGGUUGUGGCAAAUGUUAGUGUUGUUUACAAAAAUCCUGAGAUGCUAAUGAGAUCUUUUACAUCGGUUAAACGUCUCUCUUUAUGUUUAACCACCUCAGUGGUAAGCAAAACUAUAAAAGAACUAGUGUAUUAUUAUUGUGAUUUAAAUUCGUAUUAUAUUUGCUCCUGUGCUCAUUAUUUUUUAGUUGGUUUCUCUGUGCAGAUUCAACAUCGUGUUGAGUUUAACCUGCUUGUUCAUCUAGAGCUAUGCUCAAGUGUGGAGAAGUGGUGUGAACUACUUAAUUGGAUGCUUGAAAGUUCUCCUAAGCUAAAAGUUCUCAAGCUCAACAAGUGUAAACCACAUAGAUUUGUUUAUGCAAAGCACAUUGAAUAUCCUUGGGGAAAACCGAGUUCGGUUCCUGAGUGUUUGUUGUUCCAUCUCAAUACUUUUGAAUGGAACUUUUACAAUGGGUGCCGGGAAGAGAAGAAAAUGGUGGCUUACAUCCUAAGACAUGCAAAACGGUUGAAGAGUGCGAAAAUAUCUCUGUGGGAUUUGGAUUGUGAAGAUGAACCUCAUAUAUUCACUGAGUGGCGUUCUUUCCAUAGGGCUUCAAAGCUAUGUCAGCUUCUGUCUGAACGUGAACCUAGAAGUAAUUGGUAUGAAAGUUAGAUAGUGUUGGAAAGCUGUUAUAUGUUGUUAUAUCUAUUUUAUUGCUCUUACACUCUUAAAAGAUGGAAAGAAAUUGUUUUUUGUCUACUCUUUUUCAACAUCUACUGAUUCCUUAGAGCAGCAUUAUCCAUAACAACUCUAUUGGGGUGCUUAAACAAUUGUUUAGUAUUAAAUAGGUGUUAAAGCACUUUUUUAAGCAACUUCUAAUAUUUUGACUUCCAAUGCAAGUUGCUUAUUUUGGGGUUUCUUUUUAAAUCAAUAACCAAACAACAAUGUAAUGAAAUUAACGUGUUAAAUGUCUACAAGAUUGUGUGAAAAUAAUUGGAUUGAUUGAAAUUCAUUAAUAUAAAUUGGGCUGUUAGUGGAGCAAGGAGCAUAAAUGAUGCUUGGGACAUGACACGAUUGUAUUGAUACCUUGUCUUGGGAGGCAAACUAUCUCAGUUUUGUAUAAAUGAUGCUUGGGACAUGACACGAUUGUAUUGAUACCUUGUCUUGGGAGGCAAACUAUCUCAGUUUCGUAUAAAUGAUGCUUGGGACAUGACACAAAGAAGGAGAGAAGAUGACUUAAACAUUCUUUACUACUCUUGUUACUAGUCCGUGACACAAGACUCAGAACAUCAACGACACAAGACAUGUUACAACUACACAAGACUCAGUACCACAACAACAGAAGACUACACAUGACAAUACAAUAGGACACAACACUACAUCAAACGGUUCAGUCCCACAUCGAGAAGACCAGAGAGAUCAAACACUAGUCCGUGAUUCCUCCACUCACAAUGCUCCACUCUGACCUGAAACACAAAUAUAAGCAUUUAGAUUCAUCAUAAACGAAGACAGGAAACACAAACAUAAGCUUCUUCAGAGACAGGAAACAAGUGAUUCAUACACCUUCCCUUACUUUAUUUAGCAACAAUGUCGCCUCCCUCUCGUUGAUAACUUGAUUUCACCUUCAGAUUCUUGAUAAUGCAGUCGUCAAGCUUAGUCGUUACCAUUAUAGAUUCAUGACGACGGAGGAGGUGUCUUCAAGUUUUCUUUUUUUUUUCACAGAGAAAGAGAAAAAGAUCAUCCCAACAUUUAGAUACAUUCUUAUGAAUCUUAAGCAAAAGAUUAAACAACCAUACUUCUCGAUGUAGUACGAGGUAAUCACACAUCAAAGCAUCAUACUCUACCAUUUCGAAACAGAGAUACACUUCGAAUUCAAAGCAUCAUCUUUUAUUCCCUUGCGAUUCUAAUGUCUAUACAAAAACGUCUCUACGAUUCAAAGAUUCCAUCUCUGUUUUGCCUUUUGAUUCCUAAUCUAACUCUACCAUAUUGAACACACCACACGCAAGCAGCAAAACCAAUAAGCUAAUUUUCAUGAGAAUCGAUUAACAUAUUAAGCAUCAGAUCUUGAACCGAAGUCGAAUAUUCAGAACCAACGUUUUGAUUUUUUUUUUUCAAUUUCUCAUUUACAAUCUCCGGCGGAAAACAGAGCUGUAUAAAAGAAAAUAAGAACGAUUACCUCAUCUUCUAUGGCUGAUCUGAAGACGAACGAUGAGAGGGUUUGGUUGGGUAGUAGAAGGAGAAGGAAUCGAGGUUUAUGGAAUUGAAUAAGUUCAACGAACCUGGACAUGCGACGGCAACAAGCUGCAAAGCCACCUUGUUUGAAUGAUGUUGUCCGUCUCGAGAGAGAUGUGGAGAGAAGAAAGCAAAACUCCCUCCAUGAAAGGCACGUGUCUCAUAAGCUACGUUGCUUGUGCAGCUUAAUUAAGCGCCGUGGCUUCCCUUAAUACAUUUUUUUUUUUUUUAAAUCCAAAAAUCACUAAGCACCUCCCUAAGCUACUGCGUUAAUGGUGCUCUUAUCUUAUCAUCAUAUUCAUAAGCAGCCACAACAAUAUCCAACAUCAUAUUCAUUUCUACCAAGGGUAGAUAAUGUUGAGUUUAUACUCGACUUGCUGCAAGCUUUUAGGUGUUCUUGCCAUUAUCUAACACGGAGUAGAUACUGUCAAGGCAAUUCCCACAGUGUUCAGAGGACGUUCUGCUUAUGGACCCGAACAUAGCUGAUCAUCCCCUGUUUGGUAUGCUUACUUUUUGACAAAUUGAAUAAUUCUUCUAGCUCUCUCGUCCUCUUUUUGAUCACAACUCAUAACCUCCUACUUUACUUGUGUCUCAUGAAACCAAGACUUGGGUUACUUAUGUGUUGUCCAAGCGAAGUUUCUUCCGCUUGUACAAUAUCUAAUUCGCAAAAUAUAAUCAAGAUCUGGGUACUAUUAACCCUGCACAAGGCGGUCUGGAUAUUGCUUGAAACACUGCAAAGUUUCUUAUAAGCAAACAGAAAAUAAGUUCGGGGAAAAACCAACACAGGUUAUAAUACUCUAGAAGAUAAAAAGGGCAAAAACCAGAAGAAAUAGUUUUAAGGACAGAAAGCGACAACAGAAAAGCUAAGAAAAAUCAUUAGCUGCAGACAGAAGUUUUUAGUCGACCUCCUCCAUCUUGCUGCCUUCAGCAUCGGCAUCAUCCUCAAGCGGGGGCAUCUCUGCAUCAGCUUCGACUGCAUCAUCCUCGUCAAUGCUCAGUCCCAGCUUCAACAUCCUGUGGAUUCUGCUCCCAAAAGUGUUUGGCUCGUCUAGGCUGAAACCGGAAGU